AUGCGGCCCUUGACCUUGCCGCGCCCGCCGCCGUGCGGGUGGUCCACCGAGUUCAUAGCCAUGCCGCGCACGCGCGGCUUCCGGCCCCGCCACCGCGUCGCGCCGGCCUUGCCAUGCUUCACAUUCUUGUGCUGUGCGUUGCCCAGGGCGCCAAUAGUGGCCGUGCAGGCCAGGCUGACCAGCCGCUGCUCGCCGGAGGGCAGCUUG